UGCGCAGUCUGGCGCAGUCCUUCGAAGUCCAUUCUCGAAGUCGACGAGCUGGAUGAAUUCGGCUAAGCAGAUUUCUACAUUAUCAAUCGCUACUCACCGAACCUGUUUACAUUUCAUAUCAACGUAUUUGAAAGAAGCAUAACCUAAAAAAUACUAUGCAUCACCCAGAAUAAGUUUGUUACGUAUAAUAUUCAGGGAAAGACAAAAAUGUCGAAACGAAAAUUGGACGAGGUUCUGAACGAUGAUUGGAAACCGGAGAGUACGCCAGUGAUACAGAAUUCAUUAGAUUCUGAUGAGGAAGAUAAUGAGGCAAAUGAAGAUACGUACAAUGUUAUGAAUGAGGAUGACUUUGAAGGUACAGAAGAUGGUCCAACAGAACCAGAAGCAGAAGUAGGUUUUACUGCUUUUAAUAUGAAAGAGGAACUUGAGGAAGGACAUUUCGAUAAAGAUGGUCACUACCUAUGGAAUAAGGAAAAACAAAUCCGUGACAAUUGGUUGGAUAACAUCGAUUGGGUUAAAAUAAAGUCAGGUGGAUCUAAAAACAAUAAACAGAAAGACAACACACACGUGAAAGGUUUAGCGGACAGUGACAGUGACAGCGAUGAUGAUGGUCCAGAUAUCAUGUUUGAUCCGAUACCUUUAUACAAACAAAUUCUGGGAUAUCUAAAGCCUGGAGAAACUGUAUCUAAAGCCCUCUGCAGAUUUGGAAAAGGAAAGAAAAAACUGUCCACGGCAGAGAGAUGGAAGAGAAAAAAAGAGGCACAAACCACCGCAGCAGAGGAAGACGAAAAUUCAGUUCAUAUAACUAAACUAACUGAACUUGCAAAUGAAUUGCUCACUCGUACAGGAAAUAUGGAUAUUUAUCAAGAAAGUUAUGAGCAAAUUAAACGAAAGGUUGAAUUAGGUGGAAAGCAAACACAUCCUUCAAAGCAGGAAGCAGAGUUGGACAUGUAUGCAGAUGAUUUUGAUGAAAAAGAAAAAGCUAAAUUGGAUGAAAAUGAUGAGAAUAGUGAAAAUCAAAAUAAAGAUCCAAUGGAUACAAAAGAGCAAGAAGAUUCUAUGGAGAAGGAAGUAACCUGGGAACUUAAAUGGUCUCUCGAAGAACAAGCUGAAAUACAUGGACCUCACACAACGCAGCAGAUGCAAGCCUGGUCAAAGGAAGGAUAUUUCAAAAGUGGUGCAUGGGUUCGUCGCACUGGACAGCCUGGACAGUUUUACAGUGCCGCCAGAGUAGACUUUGAGUUAUACUUGUAAAAAAUCAUUGAUACUUCAAUUUUCUUAGUCCUGCGCGGUUCUGAUUUAUAAGCUUUUUGAAAAUCAAAUAACACCGAAAUCGAAGGCAUCCUUGACUUUUCGGAAACCUCAAUUUUUUUCGAACUAUCUGAGCAAUCAAAGUUUCUUAAUCUGUCAUAAAUUUCUUUACUUAUCAACUACUGGAGAACUAAAAGAUUUUUUAGCAUUUCAAGACACAGACUGUUUGAUAAACUCCAACUUCGUUUGAAUUUUCUAAAGCAUUUGUAAUUAAAAAACAAUACUUUGUAUUAUUUCAAAUUUUAUACUUUUGAUUCUCUAAGAGCCAGAAAAAUAGUAUAUUUGAGUUUAAUGAACUUUUAGAUUUCUAUGUCGAAACUUUUAAGAAGCACGAAUAUUUUUGUAUCUUCUUUCCUUGUUUUACAUGAAAUCAACGCUUACAUCUUUUGAAAUUUCGAAUAUUUCUAAAUAUUUGUAGACCAUUCGAAAGUUUGAAAAAUACUUGAACUCUUCCAGAUGUUUUAGAUGCACUACUAUGAAGUGGCAUUUAAAUGUUGUACGAAUAAAAAUAUUUACUAAAAUGUAAA